AUGUGGGGCGGCCUGGACCCGCAGCAGCCCCGCCCUUCCCUGGAGCAGGUGCUGCAGGCGCGGUUGACGCCCAUCUUUGCGUCAGUGGUGGGGACAGUCCUGACGUUCGCAGUGCAGCUGGCGGCCAUCCUGGGCUGCGUGUUCAUCAUUCUCAUGCACUUCAAGAUGGGAUAG